UGGGGGGCUUCUCCCCCUCCAAACCUCUCCCCCCCGUCGUGAGGUGAAGGGAUGGGAUGUCCUGCUUCUUGGGGAGAAGAAAACAAAGCAAGAGCAGAAAUGGGCCCUUCGCUACCAGUUUACUUCCAUUUUCAUCAGGAGGAGAAAACGAGAGUUGGUAGCACCUCCCGUGCGGACAGAAGAGGGAGGGAGUCUCUUGGGCCCGGUUGGAGCCUUCCUUGGAAGACAGAUCGAGGAUGAAGGAGGAAGACUCACCUGGCCCUGAAGCAGGAGGCGGCUCUUAUAUCACCCAGGCAGGGAGCAGUGGGGAGUUCUGGGAAAGGGACCGAAAGGUUCCAGGCGAGGAGGAGGCCCUCAGCUCAGAUGCGCAGCGCCAGCGUUUCAGGCAUUUCCACUACCAAGAAGCCAAAGGGCCCCGAGAGAUUUGCAGCCAACUUCACCGUCUUUGCUGUCAGUGGCUGAAGCCAGAGUGCCACACGAAGAAUGAGAUCUUGGACCUGGUGAUCCUGGAGCAAUUCCUGGCCCUCCUUCCACCAGAGGUGGAGAACUGGGUGAGGGAAUGUGGAGCGGAGACCAGUUCCCAGGCUGUGGCCCUGGCCGAAGGUUUCCUCCUGAGCCGGGCAGAGGACAAGAUGCAGGCAGAGCAGCAGGUCAAGCUUCAGUUGACAGAAGCGGCCAUUGAUUUCUCUGUAACAGGAAAGGCUUCAUUGGACGCAAGAGAGAGUCUGCUGCAAAGGGGGAGCGUUCAGGAGAGUUAUGGAUGUGCCACCUCAUUGGGUGGUGGACUGGUGCCGGCAAGGCCGCCUCAGCUGUCUCUUCUUCAUGGUGGAGAGGAAGCAGCUAAUGUGAAUCUGAACCAGGGUCCAGGGUCCUUUGAGAAGGUCGCUGUGUAUCUCACAGAGGAGGGCCCUCAAGAGGUUUGCAACCGAUUCUACCACUUUUGCCAUCAGUGGCUGAAGCCAGAGCGACACACAAAGAACCAGAUCCUGGACCUGGUGAUCCUGGAGCAGUUCCUGGCUGUCCUUCCACCGGAGAUGGAGAACUGGGUGAGGGAAUGUGGAGCAGAGACCAGUUCCCAGGCAGUGGCCCUGGCAGAAGGUUUCCUCCUGAGCCGGGAAGAGGAGAAAAAGCAAGCAGAGCAGCAGGUAAAGGAUUUGUUUACAGAAGUGGCCACUGAUUCCCUCGAGUCACAGAAGGCUCAGCUGGAUGCGAAGGACAGCCUGCUGCGAAGGGGGAACAUUCAAGGGAGUGACAGACUUGCCAACUUUUUGGGGGACAAGAUUAGGCUGAGAAAACCAAUUUGGCCAUUUCCUCUUCACGACGGAGGGGGAGCAGCUGCUGUGAAUCCGAAUCAGGGUCGUGUGUCAUUUGAGGAGGUGGCUGUGUAUUUCACAGAGGAGGAGUGGGCUCUCCUAGAUCCUGGCCAGAGGGCGCUGCACAGGGAAGUCAUGGAGGAGAAUUGUCGGAUUGUCGCCUCCCUCGGUCAUGAAUGGGAAACCAAGAAUCAGAGAAAACUGCAUGAUGUAUUUCCAGAAAGAGAAACAUAUAUCAAGAGAGAAGUAGAAGAGAAGACCCAUAUUUCUCAGGGCAGUGAUUACCAUCAAAUCCUGAUACAAGAAAAAAUGCAAAAAGGAAAAGAAAGAAACACAUGCUGUGUAUGCUGGAGAAGUUUCCAAUCCAAAACAACACUUAAAAGUCAUUACAUAAUCCACACAGGAGAGAAACCAUACAAAUGUCUGGAGUGCGGAAAGAGCUUCUCUCAGAAGAGAAAUCUCACUAAUCAUCAGAGAAUUCACACAGGGGAGAAACCAUUUAAAUGCUUGGAAUGUGGAAAGACCUUUAACAGAAACGCAAACCUCACUAUUCAUCAAAGAAUUCACACAGGAGAGAAGCCAUUUAAAUGCUUGGAUUGUGGGAAGAGCUUCAGUCGGAAGACACAUCUAAAUACUCAUCAAAGAAUUCACGCAGGGGACCAACCCUAUAAAUGUUUGGGAUGUGGAAAGGCCUUUAAUAAAAGCAGAAGCCUCACUAGUCAUGAAAAAAUUCACACAGGGGAGAAAUCAUAUAAAUGUUUGGAGUGCGGAAAGAGCUUCUAUUGGAAGAUGCAACUCACUUAUCACCAAAGAAUUCACAGAAGGGAAACACCACAUAAAUGCUUGGAGUGUGGAAAGACCUUUUUUCGUAAGACACAUCUCACUACUCAUCGGAAAAUUCACAUAGGGGAGAAACCAUAUAAAUGUUUGGAGUGUGGAAAGAGCUUCUAUUUGAAGAUCUAUCUCACUUUUCAUGAAAGAAUUCACACAAGCAAAACACCACAUAUAUGCUUGGAGUGUGGAAAGAGCUUUUGUCAAAAUUCUGUCCUUAUGACCCAUAAAAGGAUCCAUACAGGGGAGAAACCAUAUAAAUGCUUGGAGUGUGGAAAGAGCUUUUCUCAGAAGACAAAUCUUUCUAGUCAUCACAGAAUUCACACAGGGGAGAAACCAUUUAAAUGCUUGGAAUGUGGAAAGAGCUUCAGUCGGAAGACACAUUUAACUACUCAUCAAAGAAUUCACACAGGGGAGAAACCAUAUAAAUGCAUGGAAUGUGGAAAGACCUUUAAUAGAAGCAGAAGCCUCACGACUCAUCAAAUGAAGCAUACAGGGGAGAAACCAUACAAAUGUUUGGAGUGUGGAAAGAGCUUCUAUUGGAAGGUGCAUCUCACUUACCAUCAAAGAAUUCACACGAUGGAAACACUAUAUAAAUGCUUGGAAUGUGGAAAGAGGUUUUGUCAAAAUUCUGAUCUUAUUACCCAUAAAAGGAUCCAUUCAGGAGAGAAACCAUAUAAAUGCUUAGAAUGUGGAAAAAGCUUCUGUCAGAAGAUAAAUCUCGCUAACCAUCAAAGAAUUCACACAGGAGAGAAACCAUUUAAAUGCUUUGAAUGUGGAAAGACCUUCAACAGAAGCACAAACCUCACUACUCAUCAAAGAAUUCACACAGGGGAGAAACCAUUUAAAUGCUUGGAAUGUGGAAAGGCCUUUAAUAGAAGCAGGAGCCUCACUACUCAUCAAAGGAUCCAUACAGGAGAGAAACCACAUAAAUGUUUGGAGUGUGGAAAGACCUUUCGUCAGGAUUCUGCCCUUAUUACUCAUCAAAGGAUUCAUACAGGGAAGAAACCAUAUAUAUGCUUUGAGUGUGGAAAGAGCUUCUGUCAGAAGACACAGCUUUCUAGUCAUCAAAGAACUCAUACAGGAGAAAAACCACAUAAAUGCUUGGAAUGUGGAAAGAGUUUCAGUCAGAAGGCACAGCUUUCUACUCAUCAAAGAAUUCACACAGGGGAAAAACCAUUUAAAUGCUUGGAGUGUGGAAAGAGCUUCACGCAAAAGAUUACUCUCACUUCCCAUCAAAGAAUUCACACAGGGGAGAAACCGCUUAGAUGCUUGGAGUGUGGAAAGAGCUUUCGACACAAUUCUGAUUUUAUUACUCAUCAAAGGUUCCAUACAGGGGAGAAACCAUUUAAAUGAUUGAAAUGCGGAAAGAGCUUCUGUCAGAAGACAAUACUUGGUAAUCAUGAAAGAAUUUACACAAGGGGGGAAACCGCAAAAUGUUUGGAACGUGGAAAGCCCUUUAAUAAAAGCACAAGCUUCACUCUUCACCAAAGACAUUGCACAGGAGAGAAACUACAUAAAUGCUUGGAGUGUGAAAAGAGGUUCAAUAACAAGAGUUAUCUCACUUCUUGUCAAAGAAUUCACACAGGAGAGAAACUAGAGAAGUGGUCGGAUUAACUUAACUCCUAUUUCAGAUUGGAGCUGAGAUGAUGGGGAAUGGGGCAUGACCUGGGCAGAAUUUCAAGGGCCAGAUGGAGAUAAAUAUAAAUACAGACUAAAUCCAUUGUAGAAUCCCAGAAUGGAGCAGUCUGCUGUAGCAAUUUGACCAUCUGUUAGUAGCAGGUGUAGUCGUCUGGUGUCCUGGGGGAUCUUAGAGCCCUUACUUUUGUCGGGUGCCAGGUCCCAGCUGGUUCCCUAUGUCUCCAGUGUCCUACCAGCCAACCAGCAUGAAAGAGCAAUGUGUUGGCCACUGUGAAGAGUCCCAAUAAGUGUCAAUUCCACGCAAGCUAUGAUGAAUUCCUACUUUAAAAAGCCAAAACUAAUUUUGGAGUGUGAAAAUUCCAUAAUUGCUGAAGAGACAGUGAGUCCGGAUGAUAGCAUCCCAUCUACAUCGUUAUUCAGUUUGCUAGCAGUGGGAGAUAAAACGUGUAGACAUUGAAUUCAGUGAUUGCAGCAAUAUCUCUUGACAGUGAGAAAGGACAGUCAAGUGGUGACAGCGAUGGAGAAGCAGAAAGCAAUAGUCAAGCCUAGCCAGAUUAUUCUACAGUCUUGAAAAUGAAAUGAACUGCCUUCAAGUCGAUGCCAACUUAUGGUGACUCUACAAAUAGGGUUAUCAUGGUAAGCGGUAUUCAGAGGGGGUUUUACAUUGCCUUCCUCUGAGGCUGAGAGGCAGUGACUGGCCCAAGAUCACCCAGUGAGCUUCAUGGUUGUGUGGUGAUUCGAACCCUGGUCUCCCAGGUUGUAGCCCAACAUGCUAACCACUACACCACACUGGUUCUGUAUCUACAAUCUUAUCAGGUUGUCUUAAUUUUAGAAGGUUGUAUAGUCUUAGAAAGCAGCGUGGCUGUGACUAUCAUGAAGGGAUCCUGCACUUCUGAAUUUGCGACUACACUACUGGGUAGUAGUAGUUUACAAAUGUGUAAACCAGAAUUUGAAGCCAUCAAAGCAGUGAACAAGGUCAAAUAAAAUAGAAAAAAAAUACAAAUGGUAAAAACAAUUAAAGCCAUUUCUGCAAAGUCUAAAAACACUGAAAGCAUUCCUAAAGGUAUACAGUCAAUCUUUCAUAAGUGACUGGGUCACACCUCAGGGAAAGCCUUCUAAAACAAAAACAUCUUCAAUAGCCACCUAAACAUUAUGAUCCCAGACACCUAUCUAAUUUUGGCAGGUGAGUCACUCAAGAAAGCCGGAGCUGCAAUGCUAAGGCUUGUGUCCGACGUAGCACUAAGCCCAUUGGUCCAUUAGUACAAGGAUUUGCGCUUGCACAACGGAACUUCCCCCUUGUACACCCCCUAAAUCUGCUCUGGGGGUUUCUCUAGCCAGAGCAGAUUUGGGCAGUGUGUGCUUGUGGGAAUCUUUUUGGCUCCAUGGGCCAGAUCAGGAUCAUCCUCGUGGGCCCUAUUUCACGGGUGGGCAGGACCACCUAUCUGACAAUCACGCAAGAUAUCAUUAUGACAUCAAAAUGAAUGACAUUUGUAGUUCCCCUCUAUUCAGCACUGGUUAGGCCCCAUCUUGAGUACUGCGUCCAGUUCUGGUCUCCACACUUCAAGAAGGACGCGGACAAACUGGAACAGGUUUGGAGGAGGGCAACAAGGAUGAUCAGGGGACUGGAAACAAAGCCCUAUGAGGAGAGACUGAAAGAACUGGGCAUGUUUAGCCUGGAGAAGAGAAGACUGAGGGGAGAUAUGAUAAUGAUCUUCAAGUACAUGAAAGGUUGCCACACACAGGAGGGCCGGGAUCUCUUCUCGAUCAUCCCAGAGUGUAGGACACUGAAUAAUGGGCUCAAGUUGCAGUAAGCCAGAUUUCGACUGAACAUCGGGAAAAACUUCCUGUUAGAGCCAUACGACAAUGGAACCAAUUACCUAAAGAGGUAGUGGGCUCUCCGACACUGGAGGCAUUCAAGAGGCAGCUGGACAGCCAUCUGUCGGGAAUGCUUUGAUUUGGAUUCCUGAAUUGAGCAGGGGGUUGGACUUGAUAGCCUUACAGGCCCCUUCCAACACUACUAUUCUAUGAUUCUAUGACAGGUGGAUUGUUCUGCCCACCUGUCAAAAUCCAUUUUAUGGGGUUCCCUAGUGCCUCCCCAUGCCCAACUGAGGUAGUCUAGCCUGACAGAGAGAGAGAUUACCCAUGGCCACCCAUUGAGCUUCAUGUCUGAGCUGAGAGCUGAACUCGGGUCUCUAGGCAUUCAAUCCAAUGUUUGGCUUGGUAGCUACAGUUCCUACCCCCUUUAAUUUUCAGGUUAAAUUGUUAAAGGGCUGGGAACGUAGAAACCUUUUCACUAGUCUGGAGGAAUUUUUAGGAGCAUGCAAUUUAAGACUAAGGUAUAAAAUCGUAGAAUAGUAGAGUUGGAAGGGGCCUGUAAGGCCAUCAAGUCCAACCCCAGGAAUAUACAUACUUUGUUGGUGGAUGUUUGGUUAAUUACUUUCAUGUGCCAGUCUCACAUUGUUUUCCGCUUAUACACUGCUGUCUGAUAUUUCAUUUUGGCAUCCUAUUUCAGCAGUUGCUGCGUUUGUACAUUUUCUUCUUUGUAAUUAUCACCACAAGCUCACUGGAGAGAAAUUUAACAACCUUCUUGGGGGUGGGGAGGGUCCCUGUGUAAUGAUCAUGCAAAUCCAUGCAAAUCCGUUGCUGAUUCACUAUUUCUAUGUUUUACCUUCUCCCCCCCCCCAACCUAUGAUGAUGGCUCCUUCCCCCUCCACCUGCAUCCGGUCUUUUUUAGUGGCACUUGUGACACUUUUCUCUAAAUUCCAAAUGUGCUUACAGAUCCCGAAGGUUUGGAGACCUCCUGUCGUAAAUAUUCCCAGCCUGCAAAACGGACUGGAAUAUUUUGAUUCUCUGCCUGUUCCUUCGGAGAGAUAAUGUUCUACAGUUUUGUGGCCCAACAACCUCCCUCAGCAGAGCCAGGACUGGACAUGUGGUCUGAGGCAGAGGAGGAAAUGGAGCUUCCCCUCCCUGGUGCAGAGUAUCCCCAGGCCAGACAAAAUAACUUGGCGCCGCACCUAAGGCAGAAAAUCCCACAAGUGCCUCUUCUCUCUCCUUGGGAGUUAAAAAAAAUGCAAUUAUAAUAAGUGACAUGACCAAACAUUUGCUGCCCCUCCAAAUCAGCUGCCAUUUGCCCAAUGGUAGGGCUGGCCCUGUCCACCUGGCUUCUCCCCCAAGGGCCAGCAGCCGUUCCAUCAGGCCAUUGUGACUAUUGGGCUUCUCCUUCGGGUCAGGUUUUUGCUCCUCUGUCAUUGUUUCCAUUCUAGCUGAUUGUCAUGUGAACCCCGUAGCUAAGAUUUGAUGCUUCCAUUUGCAUUUUUCCUCUUCCCUCCACAAUCCCUUUUCUUUUUGUGCCAUGUCUUUUAGAUUGGCAAAAGUGGUGCGUGAGCACUAAUAAGGAG